AUGGCAGGCUGGCUGUACUCUGGAACGUCGGCUCUCGAUGAGCAAAUUGAGAAAGCCACGUCGUCUAGCUUAGAAGACAUUGCCAUGAGUUUGGAGAUCUCGGACAUGAUCAGGUCCAAAACUGUGCAGCCUAAAGAUGCCAUGCGCUCACUUAAAAAGAGGAUAGGCAACAAGAAUCCCAAUAUACAGAUAUCCACCCUCAAGUUGACCGAUACCUGCGUAAAGAAUGGAGGGCAGCAUUUCCUGACCGAGAUCGCCUCUCGCGAGUUCAUGGACAACCUGGUGUCUUUGUUGAAAGUAUAUGGUCCUGCAGCAUUAGAUGAGGCCGUCAAGCAAAAGAUACUGGAACUGAUACAGGAUUGGGCAAGUGCCUCGCAAGGCAGGUACGAUUUGGCAUAUAUUAACCAGGUCUACCAGACCUUGACAAGAGAAGGUUUCAAAUUCCCUCCCAAGGCCGACGUGUCUAGCAGCAUGAUCGACAGCAGUGCUCCUCCUGAAUGGACUGACAGUGAUGUGUGCAUGCGCUGUCGUACUGCCUUUACCUUUACGAAUCGAAAGCACCACUGCCGCAACUGUGGAAACGUCUUCGACCAACAAUGCUCGAGCAAAACCAUUCCUCUGCCCCAUCUCGGCAUAUUGCAGCCUGUACGAGUCGAUGAUGGCUGUUAUGAGAAGUUGCAGAGCAAGAACAAGCUAGCUGGGGCUCCGGAACGCAGAGUAUCCUUCGCCUCGAGACCGCACACAAUGCAACCACGAGAUGCAAGGAUUGACAGCAGCUUCGAUGAAGACUUGAAGAGAGCUUUACAGAUGAGUUUAGAGGAUGCAAAAGGCAUCUCAAAUUCUGGUUACGUCCCACAGGCUCAAGCAAAGAAAGAGGCAACAAGGUCUUCAUCUGCAAUUAGAGGUACCUCAAAUGAGGACGACGAGGACGCUGACCUAAAAGCCGCAAUAGCAUUGUCGCUCAAGGAGGCCGAGGAACAAGCCAAGAAACAUGCUGCCUCGAUGAAGACGCAGUCCUCUCACACAAAUAGCGCAGGCUCUUCGAAACCUUUCAUCAUGCCGAGAAACGACUAUGAGUUGUCACAUACCGAAUCUGAGAACAUAAACCUCUUCGCCACUUUUGUCGAUCGAUUACAGCAUCAACCACCUGGAACGAUCUUGAGAGAACCACAAAUUCAAGAGCUAUACGAGAGCAUUGGAAAACUGCGGCCGAAGCUUGCCAGAACACUUGGAGAGACAAUGUCCAAGAAUGAGGCACUUCUUGACUUGCACGCAAAACUGUCAACAGUUGUACGAUACUACGACCGUAUGCUCGAGGAGAGGAUGAACCAAACCUAUCAGUACGGCCAGCAAGCAUAUGGCGGCUAUAGCAUCUCUUCUCCAGCAUCUCAUUCACAACCAUACCAGAACUAUUCCUCAAUACUGCCUCCUUCCACCAUGCCUAAUGGUGCUGGCCCUCCAUCUGGAGCCGAGAAUUACUAUUUCAGCAAUGCGCAGCAACAACCGCACCAAUUACAGCGGUCAUAUUCUUACACGAACUCACAGAAAGCUAAUGUACCAUCGUCACCAUACUCCCAAUACCCCCCAGGACCUCCAAGUCAGUAUGGACAGCCACCUAGUCCAAUUGCAUAUCACAAUCAACCACAACCGUCUCAGACACCUCAAUUACAGCCGCCGAAUAUCUAUCCAACAAUGCCUCCACCAGAUCAGUCGUAUAAUAACGCACCUACUUCUACUCCUCAAACAUACUCGCAUCCACCGCCCCAACAGUUACAGCCUCAACACUCGGGUUAUGGCGCUCCACCUCCACAGCCAGAUGGUUAUAGCUAUGCACAAUCACAGCCUCAAGGUACACAACAGCAAGCACCAGCUCAGAACUACUACACUCAAUCCCAGCCGCCACCACAGCAGCAACCAGCUGCGCCACCACCACAAGAGAAUCUGAUUGACCUUUGA